UCCGAGGACGACGACAACCACAGCGAGGGGCGGAAAUAUCGGCGCUCGCUGGCCCGCGCUAAACCUAUACCGACUACCAAGAAACGCGUCAAACAGAGGGGAAAGUACAUAGACAACAUGGAUGAAGUGCUUUCGGCAUCUGAGCACUCUACUUCUCCAUCUCCAUCACCCCCCCCUCUUCCGGCUGCUCUUCGUCGCAGACCGUCGAUUACUAUGCCAGGGUCCCUGUUUCCUCGCUCACCGUCACUGGUUCCCGAAAGUGUCGAUGAAAGGCAUGUACGGUUCAAACCCAACGUCGUUAGCCCAACUCCUGCCAAACAGGUUGACGAGUCUGGUCCUUCGCGUUUUCGUCCGCCAAUGGUGCCUUCUGUUAAGGCUGCUGUUGGUCGGUUUCGUGUUGAGCGGGACCACGCAAGCCCUUCUAUUCUCCUCCCGAAAACUUCACCUCAACGCUCGACCGUCCAGCCUUUGACGCGAACAUUUGCCAACCGGAAUACAUCCACUGAUGGAAGGUCUUUGCGCGUAUCUGAUGAUGAUGAUGAUGAUGACGAUGACGACGAGCACCCUCCGCGCAUAAGUGCCAGCGCAAAAGGCAAAGGCCGCGCCCUUGAUGAUAAUGCGGAUGGCGACACUUCAGGACAUAUUCGUGUUCGAGGUAAGGAACGGGAACUCGUAGCUGCACGGGAGAAACAGCGAAGAAAUGAAAAGCGUAGAGCGACUGAAGCAGACGCUGAAGAUGCGGAGAGAGAAAGGAACAGCGACAAGGAACGAAUACGAAUGCUAGAAGAGGAAAUCAUGAGAUUGAAAGAUGAGCUCUCCCGAAGGCCCGUCAAUGUUACACCCUCCCUUCCUUUCCCUCCCCCUCCACCCCCUCCGCCACCGCCACCUCCGGCCUCUUUCAAUACACGAGCGCCGACAUUAGUUGGUACGCCGGUUUUUGUUUCAGCAAGAGCAUCAUUAAAACCUGCGCCAAUGCCUACUGAGGCACCUAUAAAUCCUUCAUAUGCUCCACGAAGACAGGGCAUGCCGACCGUCGGCGUCACACCAGAUAAGAUGGCUGCGUUCUUGAACGAAAUGAAAACCGUGCGACUCAGGAAAGUGUCUAAUGGCCCUUCGGUACCUGUGUCUCGUCAUGAGAGUAGCGACUUCCUCAGAGAUAGAAGCCUUUCUACUGGCAGUAGAUUAUCGCAGCGAAUGGACAGUUUACACUCGUCUAUGUCGUCGACUGCUUUGCAGCCGCCAACUCUCUUGUCUUCUAUUAGGAAUCGCAAUGACGAUAAUGCUAUUCCUACUGGAGCAAAGAGAAAGAGGAAUAACAGUGAAAAUACCCUGCAGGAUGAAUCGGCUGUCAAAAAGCGAACUAUUGCGUCUCCGUCUGAUUCCAGUUUUGCUUCGGUCCCUAGCUCAACUUCUUUCAUACCCACAAUUGAGAACACAGCGAACACUCCUCCGUUUUCAUCGUCAUCUGUGACACGACCUUGCCCACCUCCAUCUUCACGCAUACCACCUUCACGCAUACCACCUUCACGCAUACCACGACCUGUACAACACGUUCCUGCUGGCGCGACGCCUUCUCUGUGUUCGGACAAUGACGGCACAAGCCUGGAUGACGCUCCGCCGUCAACUCCGCCCUUGGAAAAUCGGCAGAGCUUCCUCGACUACGAAGUCCCGAUUCGGGAUGAAUCAGACAAUCCUGUCGUCAACAUGGAUGACGAAAGAGAAGAAUCGCUCGCCCGUUUGCCACCUUCUCGGCCAGCGACGCCUUACAAGCCUAAAUCUUCUGUGGAUGUGUUCGCCAAGCGUCCGCCUGUGUCCCCACUACCGGCGCCAUCUCCUCGCAAACCACGCCCACCCUAUAGGCAAUCUCGGCCCAUGCCUGCUCCCCCACCCCAUGAAGAAACGAGCGAAGAAGACCCAUUGUCCCUACAAGCCUCUCAGCCUGAAAGCGAUCUCGUUCCCCGCCCAGCAUCCAGGCAGACUGGGAAGGAUGUUUUUCUCGCUCAGGCGAAGAAACUACAAGGACAGGCUCGUCGUAGUAGCGUCGCGUCUACCUCUGCAGUAUCACAGUCGUGGGCUUCUUCCGUCUCAAUAACCUCUAAACGGAGACCGACUCUGGGUGAGGAAUUAUGGGAAGCAGAUAAACGGUUAUUGCUUGCUCAAGCUGAUGGUGAUGAGGAAGACGACCUUGAAAACGGCAUUUUCGUGGGAGUCGGAACACGAAAUAAGAACCAAGGUUUCUUAGCUCAUGGUGGUGCUGGUGGUCCUCCAGUCUUUAUGGGUGUUGGUUACGUGGAAGGCGUUGAAGAAAACGAGAGCGGUCACCUCAGGAACGAGGCACGAGACGCCGACGGUAUAUCCGAGGAGUCAUCUCCGUCGCGUCGAAAGAAAAAGCCAACCAAGAGAAGAAAAGGGAAACGUUGAGUUGUACUGUAAUAUAUCUGUGAAUGUGCCUACGAUUGUCUUAUCAUGUUUGUUUUAGUAUAUUGUUAUUAGGUUCUACUUAGAAUAUCUUGGACU